AUGGAUAUGUCUUCUUCGUGGACGUCUUCCAGAGCGCAAGAUCAACCUCAAGGGGUUUUUUCUUCGUUAUCCGAGCCUAUCGGAAGUAGCGUUAGAGAGGAUUCUCGUUCCAGUGCGUUUUUUCCCACAGAAUCUAUAUUCUCUCGUUUUCAGCGUCUUUUUUCAAACGCGUCGAAACGUAAGGCUCUCAUAUCUUUUUCUAUUGUAGCGGCGGUGUUUACCGUUGGAUACGGCGGCUGCCGUUUAGUUUGCCGCCUUGGGGAUUUCGGUAAUGUCAAAAAAGGGGGUGGUAGAGCCAUGCCGUGGGAACUUCAGAAUGAUGGCAUUGUUUUCGCUGAUCCCGUUGAAAGCCUCUUUGAGACUAUCUUAAAAUCAUGUGUAAAAAGUCGUGAAAUGGAAUUAUUAAAAUUGUUGGAUGAGCUAGAGAGUUCAGUGGAAAAACGGGAUGCGCUACGCAAACGAUUCCCUAAAGAGCAGGAAGGUAUCAAAUCCGCAGAGGAAUUGAUUGGUGCGGAGGACACUGAUAAUGUAGUGGAGGGCAAUGUGGAAGAACUAAUUACGAGGUUAAAUUACGAUAUAGAGUUUCAAGCGCUGCAAUCGGACGAGCUCCUCACGCAGUACGUGGUGUUGCUAGAUGGGCUCCCAGUUCAAGGCAGGAGCAAUCUCAAACAGCGGCGUCGAGCUCUCAUUCAAACGGCAAUAGCUUUAGCGGAUCGUAUUACACCUCAUUUGGGAGAAUUUCGUCAGAAAACAAACGCCACCGCAAUUCAGGUGGAUGGCGAGGGGCUUGGAACCAGUAACAUCAUUUCGAUCGAAACUGAUGAGUCAGAGGAGGAGAUGCAAAAAAAAAAUGUCAGUUGA